UGACGCUCCACGUUUGUCAGUCAGCGGACUGAUCUACUGAUUUUGAUGCUUUUAGCGCCGUUUACCUUCUGUGGUGCGUUUCCUUUUAAUAUUCUACAAACAAACAAUAUUUUAAAUUAACCAUGAGGGUUUUCGCUGAAGUUUUUAUAUCCUGCCCGCGCUGACGGACAGCAGAGGAGGCAGACAUCCAGCUUCACAGCCUCCGCCCGCCCGCCUCCCUCAGUCCGUCCGCGGGGAGGAGGAACCGCAGAGCGGCAGGAGGAGGACGCAGACAGAGAGGGGCGAUGGCCGCCGGGGGAGGAUGCGGAGAAACGGUGGAUCAGUACCGGGCCGAGGUGGAGCGGCUCACCCAGGAGCUAGCCGAGGCCAACCGAGAGAAGAUCCGGGCGGCGGAGUGCGGCCUAGUGGUACUGGAGGAGAACCAGGCGCUGAAACACCGGUACGCCGAGCUGGAGUCCGAGCAGGAAGCGCUCAGGAAGGAGCUGGAGCAGCUGCAGGAGGCGUUUGGCCAGGCUUACUCCACCCAGCGUAAAGUUGCAGAGGACGGAGAAACCAAUGAGGAGACGCUGCUGCAGGAAUCGGCCUCAAAGGAGGCCUACUACACAGGCCGUCUGCUGGAGCUGCAGACCGAGAUGACACUCAGCCGCUCUGUGGCCUCCAAUGCCCAAGCAGAGAACGAGAGGCUAAAUGCACUUCUGCAGGAGCUUCGAGAGACAAAUGAGAUACUGGAACUGCAGAGAUGCCGGAUGAGAGAGGAAAUCAAGGAAUACAAGUUCAGAGAGACACGAUUGCUUCAGGAUUACACUGAGCUGGAGGAGGAGAACAUCACGCUGCAGAAACUAGUCUCUACACUCAAACAGAGUCAGGUUGAGUACGAGGGAUUGAAACAUGAAAUUAAAGUGCUGGAAGAGGAGACUGUUCUACUGAACAGCCAGCUCGAGGAUGCACUGCGCCUCAAGGAAAUCUCAGAGGGUCAGUUAGAAGAGGCUCUGGAUGCCCUCAAGAGUGAGCGUGAGCAGAAGAACAAUCUGAGAAAGGAACUGGCCCACCACCUCAGCCUAAGUGACAGUGUGUACGGAGCAGGAGCUCACCUGGCGCUCACUGUCACCGCCGUUGAAGGACUCAAGUUUUCUGAGGAGACCAGUGGAACAAAUGUCACCAACAGUGGUGUUAUUACAGCUAAUGGAAGCAACGAGGACAGUAACCGCUGCAAUGGCCACCUCCAUGGAAGCGCAGGCUUGGCCAAGAUCAACACAGACUACCGGCCGGCCCGGAAAGCAGAAGGACUGCACCCUGUGCCAGAUCUGUUCAGUGAACUUAACCUGUCUGAGAUGCAGAAACUCAAACAGCAGUUGCUGCAGAUGGAGUGUGAGAAGGCUGCACUGCUAAUGAACAUGCAGGAGACCCAAACCCAGCUGCAGCAUACGCAAGGCGCUCUGACUGAGCAGAAUGAGCGCGUCCAUCGCCUCACAGAACACGUCAGUGCCCUGAAACGUCUCCACGGAGACAAGGAGCUUGAAGACCCACAAGAGAGUGAGAAGCCAGACAGUGGGCCCGUAUCGCCACCAAUCAACGGCCACCAUGAUCCGGAUAUCCACGGAUUUGAGAUCCUUGAGUGUAAGUACAAAGUGGCAGUGACAGAGGUGAUCGACCUGAAAGCAGAGCUCAAAGCCCUGAAGGAGAAAUAUAACCAAGCCGUGGAGGUGCAAGGAGACAGCCACAGUGACGACAGAGUGCAGGCGCUGAAUGACCAGCAGGUCGCUCAUUUGGAGUGUAGCUGCCAUGAGGCCCGGGAACGGGUGGCAAGCCUGGAGGCGGAGCUCCGAGCAGCCACAGGCAUGGCCACAGAGAGCCAGAGCAUGCUAAACACCGCACAGGAUGAGCUGGUAACCUUUAGCGAAGAACUAGCACAGCUCUACCACCACGUUUGCCUGUGCAACAACGAGACGCCCAACCGUGUCAUGCUGGACUACUACCGGCAGAGCCGCGUCACCCGCAGCAGUAGCUUAAAAAGUUCUGAAGACCCCCGUGCUUUGCUCACACCUCGCCUGGCACGACGCCUUGCAGCAGUGUCUGCUGCAUGCUCCUCCGAGACGUCACGCAGUCCAUCGGACUCCCCUUCCAGAGAUGCCCAAAACACUGAGACAACAAACAAUGGGGUGGAGUCCCUGUCCUGUCAGGGGAGCCCGUCUCGUGCCUCUAUGGGCUCCCCAGUCAUCAGCAUCUCUCCAUCACCAUCUCCUGUGUCCUCAGAGGCAGGUGGAGACCUCCGGAAGGAGCCCAUGAAUAUCUACAACCUUAAUGCCAUAAUUAGAGACCAAAUCAAGCACCUGCAGAGGGCUGUAGACCGCUCGCUGCAGCUGUCCAGGCAGAGGGCUGCAGCCAGAGAACUGGCACCGAUGCUCGACAAGGACAAAGAGUCCUGCAUGGAGGAGAUUCUGAAGCUCAAGUCCUUACUCAGCACUAAGCGGGAACAGAUAGCCACGCUCAGGCUCGUGCUCAAGGCCAAUAAACAGACAGCAGAGGUCGCACUGGCUAAUUUGAAGAGUAAGUACGAGAAUGAAAAGGCCAUGGUGACAGAGACCAUGAUGAAGCUGAGGAACGAGCUGAAGGCUCUGAAAGAAGACGCCGCCACCUUCUCCUCUCUCAGGGCCAUGUUUGCCACCAGAUGUGACGAGUACGUUACCCAGCUGGAUGAGAUGCAGAGGCAGUUGGCAGCGGCGGAAGAUGAGAAGAAGACAUUGAACUCCCUCCUGCGUAUGGCGAUCCAGCAGAAACUGGCUUUGACUCAGCGCCUGGAGGAUCUGGAGUUUGACAACGAACAGACCCACCGUGGCCGCGGUGCUAAAGUGCCCAAAAUAAAAAGCAGCCCGCCUAAAUUUCUUGUAGAUUGUCAGCAGCCUGCUGCCUCAGUAUCGUCGUUCUCCCCACAACUGAGGAGAGGGAGAACCUCCUUAGCUCGCAGUCCUAAUAUCUUGGCAGACUUCCAGGAACACCAAGUAGUCCUCUCCAGCAGUGGAAGCCUUCUCUCCCCCUGUGACCCUCGUAAUUGCCUGACUCAGCAACCCCAGCCCCCCGGAAUAUAAACUCGCACCUCCACCCAGGUCUGAUAUGGGCCCUGCAGAGACAGAGACACUUUAAAUAGGGGUUCAGGUUCACGGACCCCUGGCCGAGCAAUCCACCCUGGUGCCUACUGGUCUCUGUGAUGUCUAAAAUCUUCCCUCCCAGGUAGAUGGGUCGCAGAUGAGGACCUGUCUUCUCUCCUGUGGAAGUGACAUCCUGUCCUGGAAACAGAAAACAUGGGACUAAACUGUGGCACAAAAGCCUAACGGACAAAUCACAGGGAAUGUUAUUCACAUUAGUAUUUAUUAUUUAUUUACAUGCUGAUUUGUGACAGAUUUCUGAGAUAUUUAUUACUGGAAUAUUUGUUUUUUUUUCCCAUGUUUGUUGGUCAUUCUCUGACAUGUAAAUUGAGACCGAUUUUAAUGCGCUGGUGUAAACUCGAUCACACAAAUGGCCAAUUUUGUUCUCUUCCACAAUGUGGCUAAAAAAAACACCUAAAGCUACAGUGUGUAGGAUUUAGUGCCAUCUAGUGGUGAGGUUGCAUAUUGUAUUACUCUGUUACUGGUCACGUUAUUGUUUUCCUUCAGGUUUCACUUCUUUUGCAAUGGGGAUUCACGCUCCCUUGACUUCUCUUGUGAUAAG